AUGUCAUCUGAAGCCGGUGUCAGGCGAGCCGUGGCAUCCUUCCAUGCGAACCUACCUCUUAACGACAUGCGAUGCGACCUUCUACCUAAUCGUUCUGCAGCAUGGCUGUACGACAAGAAGGGUAAGAAGAUAAAACUGUCAAAGAUGGCUGCUGAAAUAUUAGUCGUGAGCGAGAUGGUAUCAUGGAAUAACCUCAAGGCAUAUCAAACGCAACCAGUCCAUAUUGAGAACCGACGUUGGGAUCCGUUGACUGCAACACUUGCGACGCUCGCCACGACAGGAGUUGGCAUGGUCUCAUCAGCCUCUGACAUUGUCGUCAAGCCCAUCCAAGCGCUACGACCAGUGACUCCAAGCCGUAGCAGAUCAGUAAGUCGAGAUCGAUCAGGGGACAACUCAAAACGCCCUUCGGAGGAGGAUGUCUUCGGUAGACCAGCAGGCAUGGAUCUACCCCCAGCACCAAUGGUUACCAAAGAUAAAGACCCCCAGCACGGCGCACUAGCAGCCGUCAAGGGCUCAGCUUCAGGCGUCGUCACAGAAGGAAUGCGCAACGCCCCCAAACUCUACGGCGGCAAAGCAUAUGAUCCAGGUGCCGUGACAGAUUGGAAGUCAGGCGGUAUAGCAGCGGGCAAGAACUUUGCGCACGGGAUGGUUGAAGGGAUAGGCGGUAUAGUCAUGGAGCCUGUGCGGGGUGCCAAGAAAGAAGGCGCUGCUGGUGCGGCAAAGGGUGUUGGAAUUGGAUUGUUGAAUCUGGGAACGAAGGUAGGUUCUGGUGCGAUUGGGUUGUUCUCGUUGGUGAGUCAGGGGGCGUAUCUGAGUGCGAGGGCGCUUGUGAAGAGGAAGAUGGGGAAGAGUAUUAUGGAGGCGAGGAAGAUUGAGGGGAGGGAUGUUGUUGAGAGGAGUGAUGAGGCGGCUCGCCAAAAGGACAGAACAAUAGUGAUAGAGGGGUUUGAGGCACUGACGAUAGAGACGAAGAAAUAG